AUGGACUACAUAACUUUUGAAGGCGUGGCAGCCGCUCUUCGGGACGAGAUCAAAUCUCUAGUGAGCCAUGAAGCAAGCGAUCGCCCUACAGCAGCAGAACUACUUCGACGAAUUGGAUCAGCACGAGGAAAGCGAGCUGUAUUCAGGGCUGUCGAAAAGUCAACUUCUCCAACCGAUAAGGACUAUUUCCUGGAUAAAGACUGGGAUUUUGAAAGUGAAGAUGUGAUUCAUCCGCCGUCUCUCCGUAUGAAGAGGAAAUACGACUGUACAGCUUUUGGUACGCCACCAAUAAGGAAACGCCUCACGUUUGACGAACUCGAAGAAGACGAACUUCCAACACCAAAAGCCGAUUCCACUAUCAUUGAGUACGCGCUUGAAAACUUCUUAUUUAUAAGUUUCACUUAUUUUUUGCCAAAAGACUUUCUCAAUGGCAUUUUGUGUGGAGCUGGGCUUGUGAGUGGAAUACAAAUAUAA